AUGAAUUCUGCUAUAGUAAAGAAUUACGUAGCCAUUAGCCCGGAUGGUUCGAUAAUAGUAAAGUUUAAUCCAGGUACAGAUAGUACAGAUCCUUAUAUAUUGAUCAAAAAGGUGGAUACAGAUGACAAGAUGGUGGAUACAGAUGACAAGAAAAUAACGAAUAUAUUUGAUAAGAAUGUCCUUAAUGUCCUUAAUGUCCUUGAAUGGUCUUUAGCAGUUUCGGAUAUCAAUGGAAAUUAUUUUUUUGUCGCGAUCUCUUACAUAAUUGGCGAAGACGUGCCUCCGACUACUCCGUCUAAAAGCGAUAAAAAGCCAGAUAAACCAGUUCUAAUAAAGGCAUAUUUUAGAAAAAUUAAUGACAUUUUUGGACCUUUUAUUUUCUUUCUUCUCAUAAUCCUUUUUAUCAUUCCCUUUAUCUGCAUUCUCCCUUUCGUUUUAUAUUCUCUCCUUUACGAUCGUCUCUUUCCUCCCUACAAUAAAAGAAUGUUCAAUAAUGAAGUAUUUGAACAAUUUCAAUUAUUCUUGAAACCUAAAAAAUCUGAAAACAAAGGAAUGAUAAAGAUUUUCAGAUUUGACUUGUCCCACUUGAAUUCUGAAAAGAAAGACUCGGAGUCCGUGUCCCUCUCAGGAAUCACGUACCCUUUUAAUGGAGUUGUUGGUUUUCUACCUUCGAAGAAUAGCACGAUACUUGUUUGCAUGAAUUAUAUAAGAAUGCAAAAAUUUCGUAUAAAUAAUAAAAAUAAAGUCUCAUUUGAAAUGAUUGAAAAAGAUAGCUUUUUGCUACCUGAGAAUUUAUUUAAUUUAUUUAAAGAAUUAGAAAGCAGCAAGGAUGUAGAACGAAAUUGGAAAUAUCUUUUGAAGUCAAGAUAUCGGGAAUUUUUAAUGACUGACAAAGGUUAUAAUCAACAAAUGCAGCAUAUUGAAAUUUAUAAUAUUAAUACUUCACAAUUAGUAAACGUUUUUUACAUAAAUCGUGAAAAAACCAACGAACCUGAGAUUUCCAUAAUAUCGAAUGAUUCAGAUUUAAUUGGCUUAAAUAACGAACCUGGAAUUUUCGCAAUAUCGACUGAUUCAGAUUUAUUUGCUUAUUCCUAUGGAGACAACAAUAUUAUUACGAUAUAUUUAAUGGAAAGUGGACUCGAAGUUGUUUCAAAAAAAUUUGAUUGUGUUUUAAAAAUUAAAUUUUUGGAAUUUAUUGAUGAGAAUAAAAAAUUAUUCUUCAUCGGAGAAGAUACAAAUGGUGAUAUGAAAUUUCAUAUUUGGCUGUUAACGGGAUGUUUAGAUGAUCUUUUUAUCAUUGAACAUAAUACUUCUAUUCUAUCGAAUUAUGAUUAUAGUUUAACAAAAGCAAAUGGGAUGGUAGUUUUUCUUGACGAUAAAAUAAAAAUUAAUAUUUUACAUAAUUUAAUCGAUAACGAUUCUGUAAAAUCUAUGAAAUCUAGUUCCGAAAAUUUAUCAAAUGAAAAUUUUAAAACAUUUAAAGAUUUAUAUCUCGAGAUAGACGAUAAAAGCAACCCUGAUUUAGAUGACGACGAGACUACUGUUAUGAAUAUUGCAUGUGGAUUACUUGUUUACUCAUAUAAUAACCGUAAUGAUCGGAAAAAAAUUAUUGAUUCUAAACAUGUUAACGAAAUUAUAAAAUUUAUUAAAACUUUCAUUAAAAACCAUCCUGAUCACUGGAAACUCAUGGAGAUUCAAUAUCCUUUAAUGGCACUUCUAAUUUGUGCUCGAUCAAUUUCUUUAAUCAAAUUCAUUCUAUUUGACAAAGACUCAAAAGCCAAAAACUUACAUAGACCUCGAAGUCAAUAUGGUUCUUACCCAUAUCAUCAUGAGAGUUUGAAAUUAUCGAAAUUGGAUAAUGAUUUGAAAUUAGCUUUAAGUUUUUGUAAAGAUCGAGAUGCUGUUAUGUUGGCAUAUUUAUUAGAAUAUUAUUCAGAAAAUUCUCUAUCUCAUAUUGGUUGGAUGAUUAAUGUUACAGAAAUUCUUCCGGAAUUAUCUAAACAUAAAUAUGCCAAUUAUGUGGAUUUAUUAUAUUAUAAAUCUUGUUUUGGAGAGAUGAAAUAUAAUUUUCCGAAUAAAAGAUUUAAAACUGUAUCAUUUAAGCAAGAUUUAUUAGAAGUUUAUUUACCGCUCACUCAACUUAUACCUACAAAUUUUGUUUCUUUGCUUACUUAUUCGAAAUAUAGAAAAUUAAGAUAUGAUAUGUUGUCUGAUAUUUGUAUGGUUCCGCUUCCAAAUUUUACAACUUGUCCAAAUGAAGAAACUGAUGAAGAACCCGAAGAAACUGGAGAAUUUGAAAAAUUUUGGGCGGUUUUGAAAAUAUUUGCAAAAUUCUUAAGAAAAAUCUUUAUUCCAAUUAAUCCGUUUAGGCAGAAUGAACAAUUUAGUCCGUUUCUUCAAGUUGAAAAAAAUAACAGCCCAUUUUUUUAUAUUCCGGCUAUGGAAGCAAUUAUAAAUUCAAGAUGGAAUCAAACAAAAACUAAUUGGAUGAUUUUUUUGAUUAAAUAUUUUAUAUUUUUAGUCUUAUAUUCUUAUCUUACUCAAAUGUUUUUAAAUAAUCAUGAAAAUUACAGCAAAACGGCAAAUAUAGUUAUGAUCGUAAUAUUUUAUUACCUUGGAAUUGAUUUAUCCAUCGUUGAGUUUAUGCGGAUGAAAAAUAAUUUAACCAUGUUACACAUAUUUGAUCUAUGUAGUACCAUUUUUGGUAUAACUAAUCUUACGUUAAUGUUUUUUGUAUUUGAUGAUGAAUGGAUUAUUCUUUUAACAUCAGUAACUACUUUAAUACUUUGGAUUGAAAUGCUCUUAUGGUUACGAUUAUUUUCAGGAAUAGCAAUUAACAUCUACAUAUUCGGAAGUAUUUUAAAAAUCAUUAUUCCGUUUUUUGCAUUCAUGAUUGUUUUAACAGUUGGAUUUGGCCAUUCAAUGUUUAUUCUUUUCGGAUAUCCAUCACUUGUUAACUUACAUCCUUCAGUUUCAACUUAUACAUUAAAUAAUGGAUCUGAAAAUUUCACUUUAACUGAAACUGAACCAGAUAAUCCAUUUGAUACACCGGUGGAUGCCAUUCUUUCUGCAUACUAUUGGAAUACACUUAACUUUGGUAAUUAUGAUUAUUGGCCACUAAAAUUAUUAGCUUUUUUGGCAAAUAUCAUUCUGGUUCUUGUUUUAUUAAAUAUGAUUAUCGCAUUGAUGAAUGAUGCAUUUAAUAAAGCUAAAGAAGAUGGCAGACAUGGACUUUCAAUAUUCAGAUCAGAACUUAUUUAUGAUUAUGAAAAACUUUAUAGUGCAGACUCUCAUAAACCAUUACAAACGUCAAAAUAUAUUUGUUUUCGUCGAGAUUCAAAUUUAAUGAAAGAAUGGUUAAGUAAAUCUGAAGAAAUCAGAAAGAAUAAAUUAUAUUCAUGGUUUAAUGAAAGUUUAUCUAGCAAAUGA